UACGUGGUCAUACCUCCAGUUGGCACCGAAGCCUUUCAAUGUCUUCUCAGGAUGAAGCCAUGAAAACCACUGAAGAAAUAGCUCUUCAGAUCCUGUUGCUGUGUCAGGUUGGCAUAGGGACUAUAGCGAACAUCCUUCUGUUUGUCCAUAAUUUCUCUCCACUUUUGGCUGGAUGUCAGCUGAGACCCACACAAGUGAUUUUCACUCACAUGGCUGUGUCUAACACUUUAAUUCUCCUCAUGACUGUGUUUCCAAACAAUGUGAUUGCUUUUGCUCAAAGGAAUCCUCUGAAUGACCUCAAAUGUAAACUUGAGUAUUUCCUUCGCAUCGUAGCAAGAAGCACAAACUUGUGCUUCACCUGUGUCCUGUGUACCUAUCAAUUUGUUACUCUUAUUCCUGGUAAUUUUGUUGAACUGAUGCUCAGAGGAAGAUGUCCCAAGGCCAUAAAUUAUUCCUGUUGCAGUUGUUGGUUGUUUGGUAUCUUAUAUAAUGUCUACAUUCCAAUGAAAGUCAAUGGUCCACAGAACACACAUAAUGAAACUGACAUUAAAAGUAAGAGGGCCUGUUUUACCUCUGGAUUCAGUGUAGGCAUUGUCUUUUUACAGUUUGCCCAUGAUGCUAUAUUUAUCAGUGUCACAAUCUGGACCAGUGUCUCCAUGGUAUUUCUCCUGUACAGACACCACCAGAGACUGAAGCACUUUCUUACUUGCCAUCAAGAACACAAAGGCUAUGCUGAGAUCAGAGCAGCCUAUAGCAUUUUGAUGCUUGUGGUCACAUUUGUAAGCUUUUAUCUUCUACACAGUAUUUGUUUUAUCUUUCACAUGUUUAUUGCAGACUGCCGUCUGUGGCUGAGGCAUGUAGGUGAAGUUUUAACUUCAAGCUUCCCCACUAUUUCUCCCUUACUGUUGAUCUUUAGGGAUUCAAGUUAUUCUUGUUCUCUUAUCUUCAAAUAUUGA